AUGGCGACGGCGGAGCUGCAGGAGCUGCGAGCGCUGGUGGAGGGGGCGGGCGGGCGGCGGGCCGUGCUGCUGGUGGCCGAGGUGACGGAGGGGGCCCCGGCGGCGGCCACGCUGGCCGCCUUCGCCCGCGACCUCCUGGGCGAUGAGGCACCGCCGGGGCCGGGGCCGGGGUGCCGGUCCCAGCGGCGGGCUGGCGGCGGGCGGCGGGCGCUGGGAGCGCGGCUGCUGCUGGUGCUGUGCCGCGGCGGGGCUGCGCGGGGCCGCGGGGCCCGGGCCCGCCUGCGGGAGGUGGUGCGGGACGUGCGCGGCCGCCUGCCCCCGGCGCCGCCGCCCGCCGUCGUCGGCGUCCUCCUGCCCGGCGGGGACGGGGAGGACGCGGCGGUGCUGGACGCCACGCUGCGGCGGCACUUCCCGGCGCCGGGCACGGUGCAGGCGGCUCGGUACAGCCCCGGCAGCCCCGCCGCCCUGCGCGACUGCCGCGCCGCCGCCUGCCGCGCUCUCCGGGCCGCCCUGCAGCACCCCGCAGAAGAGGGGAAAGACAGCGAGAGGUGGAGGCUCCCAUCCUUCCUGCAGUGCAUUCCUUGGAGCUGGAGGAGCCAGAGAAAAGGUCACGAAGCAAAAGCUGCAAACAACGUUCAUGAAGAUGACCUGCAGGACCCUGAGGAAGAAGUGGCUCUGACCAGCCUGUCCCCCAAUGGAAACUAUGAAGAAGCUGCUGGAGGCACAGGCACCUAGACCUCCUGGACACACAGUCCACGUCCCAGAUCUGCCCGGUGGAUUUGGAGCACUGGGAGGAGGAGCUGGUGCAUGCCCACUCACCCUCUCCUCUGAGGACCCACCACUCCAGGGAGAAGCUGCUCAGCUUAACUUGCCAGGGUCUUCUGUAGCUGCCAACAGCCUGAGGUCCGUGCCAGAGAGCCAUCCCCUGCUGCACUCUGCUACCCGGGGUGCCUGGAGCUGCUGAUGGACGCUGGGCUUCUGAGAAGCCCUUUGGGGAUGUGUCUCAUGUCCUGGGCAAAAUGAUGUGGGGACUUUGGUUGUGAAAUGCAGCCACCUGCUUGAAGAAAGAGGAAUGCUUUCUAAUUCUGAGCAAAGUUCCCCACUGAGAUUGCCGGGGCUGGCCUCCCUGGCAAACAGAUUCUGCUGCCUUGUUUUCCUGCUUUAUUGAUGCUUUGAAGUUCCCGCCCUCUCUCUGAUCAGGCAAAAAAAAGACAUAACGUGGUGGCAUGGAGACUGCAGUGAGACUACAUAUGAGGUCUUGGAUCUUCCAGCUACUGAAGAGGCUUGAAUGUAACUGUGUAAUGUGAAGAAUUCAAAAACAGCCCACUGUGGGUAGGCAGAAUAAUGCAAAGAUACGGAUAGUAAUGGCAGCUGGAGCAGAGCACGGUUUGGGAGCAGGAUCUAUCCCUCUGGCUUGUCCUGUUGCUGACAGACUGACUGAUGGAUGGCCUGGGUUGGAGGGGGUGGCAGAGGGACACUAUGGUGUGGCUGAUGCUAGACGGGGUUAUGGGAGAGGCCCAUCUUACCUGGGACAUCUCCACAGCCAUGUGGUGGCAGGUCUUGGAGGUGGCCCACAGCAUUCCUCUCAACAAGAUGUGGCUGCUUCAUAAAUAAAUAUAAAAAUAUACAAAUAGUCUAAGUAGUUCCAGAGGGCUGCCUGUAGCCUGUGGGGCAACACAAUUAAUUACAAAUCCUUGGUUUAUGAGGAAUAUUAUUAUGGUAGGAAUACCUUUUUUAUUUUUACUUUAAUGCAGCAUGAACCAGGUCUUGUUUUACUUUUAGCACAAGCCGGGUUUUGUUUGGGACUAGCUGACCUUUUGGAGUUUCAGGCCAGAGACUUCAGCCCAUCAUGUCCUACCUACCUCUUCUCUGGGUUAGCUGCUGAAUUAUGGCAGUACACCCUCUGUGCAUGUCUGUCCUUUCUCUCGCUCCUUUUUUCUCAGUGGCAGCUGAAGUGUCUGUGUCCUGCCAGCUCCAGCCAGUACUCUCUCCCAGCAGUGUGCCUUCAGCAUCUCUCUAGCUCUUACCUGGAGUAGGGGAUGGGUUUUUACCCAGCUCUGCUCAUGAUCAUCAACAUUUUUCAACAAAUCAUUUUUUCUGUGCCUCAGUUUCCCCAACAGUAGGAUGGGUACAGCAACACCUACCUACCUCACUGGAGUAAUGAUGGUAACACUGCAGCGGAGCUUAGCAGCUCUUGGGUUUAGAGUCGAUCCCUUUUGUGAUGGUGCUUUCCCCUUUUGGCUGGGAAAGAGCAGCUGAGGCUGUCUGGGGCAUGCUGCAGGGUUGAGUGGGAGAGAUGGAGAGCGUUCCCAGGUGUGCUCAGCAAGUCUCUGUGUUAUCACAUGUUGCUCAUUUGAAUGUGUUGGGAUAGUUAGGCUUGGUCUACAUAGGAAAGCUUUGCCUGAAACGCAGCCUUAAAGUGCUGUAGCUGCUCCAUAAGAAGGUGGGAGGGAGGGGAUAGGUGGAUGCCAAGUCCCUGUGAGCAGUGUUUGGGGAAUCGCAUGUCACAUCUAUUCACAGCAGAAACACUUUCCUGUGUGGGUGUGGGCUGGGGAGAGUGAACCUAGGAGGCAGCUGACACUGGUGGAGCAUGUUGCUCUUCAGAGAGGGCACUGAACCUGCUCUCCUUCCAGCGUGGUCUGCUGUGCGGUGGAGUCCCUCUGCUCGUCUUCGCAGCAGAGCCCAGGUUGCUGGGCAGUGACAUACUUUCCCGGUAAAGCCCUUGGUUAGGUGGGCUUGGUUAGGACUUGAUAGUAUGAUCAGGUGAAUCUUUAUUUUCUUGCAGUAUUUGGCCUUUGCUGCCUAGAAUUUACCAACAAAGAGGUGGCCCAAGAGUACAGAUUUGCAGUUAAACCUUAGCGCUACAAAUCCAAUGGAUUUAUUUACUGGUAAUUUUUAAGUAAACCAUGCAAGUUUACCCUUGCAGUGAGACUUUCGUGGAAGCAGAUGAACUGCCUGUGGUUUAGGAGGUGCAGGUGGGAAUACAUUUGACCAAAAGUAUUGUUUUCCUUUGAGGAAUAAAAGUGACUUGAAUUCUUUUUAUCUUUUUUUUUUCACUAGCUGGGCAUGCGGAGGCACAGCAGAUAGUUUUACCUGCUUAAUUGCUUUAAUAAUUUAAGGGCACUGUUAUCUUUAUUCUUGUAAAGAAUAAAGACAUUUAAUUUCUGAACUGGAAUGCAGUUCUGUUUG